CCACAUUGCGAGCAUCGUCCCACCACUGCCGCUAUUGAAGCCGCUUGAGGGUACGGAAUAAAACCGCUCCUCCCACCCGCGCCGCACCCCCGCAAAAUACCCCCCUGUCGUCAUGGACGGGUCUGCCAUUGCGGCGGACGAGAUCGACCCGCCCGCCCGACUGGUCGAGCGUCUGAGACAGAUAGCUGGAUACACCUGGGACGACAGCAUUCCCAUCUUUCAUUCAAGCUUCGACAAUUGGCAUGUCUUCGGCACUCGCUUCGUCCCGGCGCACGCCGGCAGCUCCCACACACAGGCUCCGACGCCCAGUCAUCUGUACUCUCCGUCGCAGCCUCCCGCCCCCUCACCGCAGUAUGCCGGAAGCCCCGGAUCGUUCUCGAAAGUGUCCCUGGCCCGACCCGGGCUGAUGGACACCCUCAGCAACAACAGCCUCUCGGCCGCCCCCAGCGACGGCGGGAGCGAGCCCUCCGCCGUGUCUCCGCCGCCCCUCUCCCACUCGAACUCGGCCGAGUCCCCGCUGAUCGAGGAGCCCGUUGUUGCCCGAGUGUCCUUCCAUGUGCUUCGCGAGGAGAGGGCUUUCCACGUCGCAAAGAGUCUCAUCGCCGCCAGCGACAACAACGGCGAGCAUAUCGCGAAGCCCAUCGAUCUCAUCCGCCUUGCGCCACAGCCGGGCGACCGAGGCCCCAUUGUCGUGGCCAUCUACACCAACUCGGGCCCCAAUUAUCUGUUCAAAGUCCUGGAUAUGGGUCCCGCUUGGUACUGGGCGCGAAAGUCUGGAGAUGGCUACGAGGCCCAACCAAGACCCGAUGAGCUCCGCCUGGAGCCCCCGAUAUCGCUGAACCAUUUUCUCGACUUUGCCAUCGGGGCGGCCAAGUGCCUCGAGCUCCUGCACCACGGCCAGGGGAUCGUCCACGGGGAAAUCAGAGGCGAUGCGUUCCACUUCAACUUGGAGACCGAACAGGUCAAGUUCGUGUCGUUGGGGUCUGGAGUCAGGUCCUUCGAGCAUGGGCUCACCAGCACGGGCUGGUCGACACUGUCCAAGGAGAGAGGCGCCAAGAACAAGCUGCAGUUCAUCAGCCCCGAGCAGACGGGCCGUAUGCCGGCCGAACCUGAUACGCGCACCGACAUUUACUCACUAGGCGUCUUGUUCUGGACCCUACUCACGCAGAAGCCUGUUUUCGACGGUCCUUCGCCUCUCGAUGUGGUCCAGGGCGUGCUCAACCGCCGCAUCCCGAGCGUCUCGGUAGUGCGUCUGGAUGUGCCCGAGGUUCUGGGGAGGGUAAUCCAGAAGUGUACCUCCAAGAACAUGGGUGAACGCUACAACUCGGCGAGCGGACUGCGCUACGACCUGGAGAAGGUCAAGGAGUUCCUGCUGGACGGAGACCACCUCGCACUCAGGGAGUGGCAGAUCGCGUCCAAGGACGUGUCUUCGUUCUUCAUGCUGCCAACCUCGAUGAUUGGCAGGGCCCAGGAGAAGGAGCAGCUGGCCAGUGUCAUCGAGCGUGCCGCCAAGAAUCAUGUGAUGCAACAGAGGAACAAUCCCAACAGGAUGUCAGAUGGCUCCGCCUUGUCCAACGAAAUCGACAACGCCGAGGUGUCGAGCGAGGGGACAGGUUCCGUGGACGGGACUACACGCCGUAGCGGAUCCUUCACCCAGACAAUCGCGUCAGAUCCAAAGACCCGAAACAGCUACCACCCUUCGAUUCAUAGCAUAGACCGGGAUUCGGUCAUGUCCCUCGAGACACCCUCCUCAGGGCAUCCGAGUCUCUCAGGCCUUCGUGGGCCGCCCAGACACUGGGAUAGCAGGCAUCAGUCGGUUUCCUUCGACACCCGAAGUAUUGCCGACACCGUCAUGUCCGCCGACCGAGAGACCUCCUCCCGCCACAGCGCCGCCAUGGACUCGGUCAGCCUGGGAAGGAAGCUCGGCUCGGCCAGGUUCCGCCGUAGGGGACACUGCGAGAUCAUCACGGUCGAGGGCGCCGGCGGCCUGGGCAAGAGCUGCCUUGUGCAGUCGGUCCUUUCGGAGAACAGGCGCAGGGGCUACUCUGCCACGGCCAAGUGCGACACCGCCAAGAGGACCGCCUUCGGCCCUGUGUUGAGGCUCCUGUCCUCGCUGGUCAGGCAGCUCUGGGGCGAGAGGAACACGGACACAGCCCUGCACAAGGAGUUGAAGGAGAGCGUGCACGGCGUAUGGCCUUCUCUGCACAAGGUCCUGGGGCUGCCAGAGUUUCUCCUCGGCCCCGUGGACCCCGGCGUGGUACGGUCUCCGUCAAUCACCCAAGGCCCGACGCAGCCUCCCCCUCCCCGUGGGGCAGGCCGGGCCCCAGCUAAGCGCCGCGGUUCGUCGCCGGGCUCGUCGAUUCACAGCUCACGGCUGUCGAUCCAGAGCUCCCAGGACUUCCUCCGCUCGGGGAGCUCGGCCAAGUCGAUCCGGCUUGUCAACACCUACCUCGACAUCCUGAGAAUGUUCACGCAGCACAAGUUCAUCUGCCUGUGCCUCGAGGAUCUGCACUUCGCCGACGACGAGUCCAUGGAUCUGAUUACGCAGAUCAUUGCGGCCCGGCUAAAGCUAGUCAUCAUCAUCACGUACCGACCGGAUGAGUUGAGCCCGGAGCGGAUGCAGCGAAUAUUACAUCCGCCAGAUCCCGAGGGCGAGCCCCUGGACGGCUCGCUAAUCCGCUCGCCAAUAUCGACGGGGCCAACGGUGACAAGGAUCUGCCUCUCGCCACUGGGCGAGAACGACAUCGUCAAGUACGUAUCGACGACGCUCUGCUCCCCGCCCGAACACAUUCUCCCUCUGGCUCUCGUCGUCCAGUCCAAGACCGGGGGCAACCCCUUCUACAUGCGGGAGAUGCUCAGUGCGUGCCACCGAAAAAAGUGCAUCUGGUACGACUACCGCGACUGCCAGUGGCACUUUGACCUGGACCGCCUGUUCGAGCAGUUCCAGGGCGAGCAGAACUACGACGUCCUCAAUACCGACUUCAUCACACGACGGCUAGACGAGCUGCCGCCAUCGUCGAGGGCGGUACUGUCCUGGGCAGCCCUUCUCGGCACCAACUUUUCGUUCGAGCUGGUGUGCCAUCUGCUUAGCGGCGAGUUCGACGACGCUGGUUUACAGUGGGAAAGCAGCCACAAGCCCACAGGCUAUUCUCAGGAGGAAGCGGUUGCGGGUCUGCAGGCCGCCGUGCAGGCGUACAUCGUCGUGCAGGGCGACCGGGACGACCGGUUCCGGUUCGCCCACGACCGCUACAUCCAGGCCGCCGCAAACAUCAACCAGUGCGAUGCCCACAAGAUGCACUUUGUCAUCGCGCAGACGCUGCUGAAGCACUACAACAAGGACCGGUCGCGGGACGGGGUCGCGUCGCACAUCUGCAACGCGCUCAGCAUCUUCCACGACCGCGUCAGGGACAGGAAGCCGUACCGCACACUCCUUUUCGAGUGCGCAGAGGCGGCGACGGCCAACGGCGCGAGGCCCACGGCUGCCAAGUUCUACAGCGGUGCCCUCGCCCUCCUCCAGGAGGACCCCUGGGACGACGCAAACCAGGACGUGUCGUACAACGAGACGAUGCGGCUCUACCUAGCGGCGGCCGAGUGUUAUCUCUACAUGGGCCAGCUGCCGCUCGCCACGGGCGUGCUGAAUACGGUCUUCGAGUGUGCCAAGACGGUCUUCGACAAAGCGCCGGCCUGGGUGCUGCAGUCGCGGGUCUACGCCCAGAGCGGGAACGCCGUCAAGGCGCUCGACUGUCUCAAGGAGUGCCUCGGGACCAUGGGCGUCGAGCACAACGACUCGACGACCUUUGAGGAGUGCGACGCCGAGUUUGAGAAACUUUCGGCGCAGAUCAGGGGCAUGGACCGCAAAGACCUCCUCAGCCCGCCCAACACACAGGACCCGGCCCUAGGCAUGUCGUUGGGUGCGGUGCUAGCCGAAACCAUCAGCGCGGCCUGGUGGAGCGACUGUCUGUGCUUCUACCAGCUGUCGCUCUGCAUGCUGGGUAUGCACCUCAGGCGCGGGACCAUGCCGCAGUCGGGCAUGGCCUUCCUGCACAUGUCCAUGAUCGCGCUGUCGAGGUUCAACAGGAUCGAAUUCGCCCUGGAGCUGGGGUCGUACUGCCUCGAUCUGCUAGACAUGACGCGCGACCCCUUCUCCAUGGCCCGAGGUUACAUGAUCUACGCUAAUUUCGUAGAGCACGCCCAGUACUCGGUCGUGCUCGCGGCUAGCCAGCUAGAUAGCUCAGUCGACUAUGCGGCGUCGGCGGGCGACCGGAUAUCGGCCAUCCUCGCCAUCGGUCUGGGGGCGCAGUUGCGCUUCUUCGCCAGCGAGAACUGCAUCGACCUCGAGGGCCUGUGCGAAUACAGCUGCGAGGAGAUACCCUACUGGAACCAGGACUCGCGAGGCGGCUCCAUGCUGCUGGCCGUCCGCCAGGUCUGCCGGGCGCUGCAGGGCAAGACACGCGUCUCGGAGGCGACCGAGAUCAUGACGGACGAGCACCACAACUCGCCGGGCUACAAGAGCUGGCUGGCCAAUAACACGGAGAACGGGAACCGAUCGCUGCUCUUUUACGAGACGCUCGAGUUGGCCCCGCUGUUCCUCUACGGACAUCUCAACCGGGCGGUCGAGGUGGGCAAGUUCUGCGUCGAGAACUCCCAUCUGAUCUGGUCGGCGCGCAACACCAGAUUCGCCAUGCUCUUCUACGGUCUCGCCCUUGCCGGCCAGCUGUUCCGCCAGCGACGCGACCCGCGCACGAGGCAAGCGGCCGGACCACACGAAGAGGCCGUCAAGGUGACGGCCCGGCAGCUCGAGUCUCUGCACCGGGGAAUCAUGGACUGGCAGGUGGUUUCGGACGUCAACUACCUGUCGUGGUCGCGGCUGCUCGAGGCCCAGAUGGCGGAGCUAGCCGGCGACCAGGGGCGGGCGAUCCAAAAGUACGAGGAGGCUCUGGACCACGCGUCCGAGAACGAGUUUGUGUUCGAGGAGGCGCUGGGCAGCUAUCUCAUGGCAGGCACUCUCAUCAGACUAUCGGCAUGGCGGUCGGCGCGGUCGGCGCUCAAGGACGCGGUCGGGCUCUACCGGCAGUUGGGCGCGGUCGGGGUGGCAGAGGCGAUCGAGGUGGAGCACAGCGUGGUGAUGCGCGGGCCGGCGCGCAACCACCGCACGGCGGAUGCCGGGAUGCAGACCGAGACGGACUUUGCCGGCGCCUCGGCGGCCAACGACCAGUUCCACCAGGCCAUGGGCGAGGAGGGCACGGCGCGGAAGCUCACGCAGGCGGGCAUGGCGGAGCUCAAGGGCGAGCGGGUCGGGGCGUGGCGCGGAUCCAUGUCGCUGACGAGCGCGGCCGAGGCCGGGGCCGGGCUGCCGACGCUAGAUAUGAUCGAUCUGCACGCCAUCCUGCAGUCGUCGCAGGUCAUCUCGUCAGUGCUGGACGUGGACGAGCUGCUCAAGACGAUGUGCGACGUGAUCCUGCAGACGUGCGGCGGCGCGGCGACGCUGGCGGCCAUCGUGAUCGAGGACGAGGGCACCAAGCAGUGGAGCGUCGCGGCUAUGGGCGACCCGGAGAAGGGGGCCGAGACGCACAAGCCGCGCACGAUUCUUAAGGGCAGCUCGCGCGUGGCCGAGAAUGUGAUCCUGUACAGCACGCGGUUCCGCGAGAUGGUGUUCGUGCCCGACAUCAUCGGCGACGAACGCUUCAGCAACGUCAGCAGCUACUGGCUGCGACUCAACCCGCUCGGCAAGGCCGUCAUCGCUAUGCCCAUCUGCCACGGUGCCGACAAGAUGCUCGGGGUGCUGUACCUCGAGGGCCUGCCGCAGUCCUUCACCGACCGCAACGUAACGGUUCUGCAGCUGCUGGUCAACCAGAUCUCCAUCAGCUACGCCAACGCGCUGACCAUGAAGGCGGUCGAGAAGGUGUCUGCCGAGAACGUGACGAUGCUGUCCUUCCAGAAGCAGGCACUGGCCGACGCGCUGCAGGCGCAGGCCAAGGCGCGCGCAGCCGAGAAGAAGGCCAACGAGAACGUAAAGCUAGCCGAGGAGGCGGCCAAGGCCAAGUCCAUCUUCCUGGCCAACGUCUCGCACGAGCUGCGCACGCCGCUCAACGGCGUCAUCGGCAACUCGGAGCUGUUGCGCGAUAGCAGCCUCAACAGGGAGCAGCUUGAGAUGGCCGACAGCAUUCGCGUGUCGGCCGACCUGCUGCUCACCGUCAUCAACGACAUCCUCGACUUCUCCAAGAUGGAGGCCGACAAGAUGAAGCUGUAUGUCAUCGCCUUCAACCCCGAGGAGAUGGUGCGCGAGGUCGUGCGCGCCGUCUCGUACAGCAACCGCGAGAAGACGCCCAAGAAGAACGUGGUCAUCGUCAAGGAGAUCAACCUGCCCCAGCUGCUCAUCUACGGUGACCCCAUCCGCCUGCACCAGGUGCUGGGCAACCUGAUCGGCAACAGCCUCAAAUUCACCGCCAGCGGCUACAUCACCAUCGGCGCCCAGCUCGACGAGGAGACGCAGGAUAAGGCUACCCUGACCUUUUGGGUGCGCGACACGGGCAUUGGCAUCCCGCCCGCCCAGCUGGCCAAGCUGUUUGUCCCCUUCAGCCAGGCCGACCCGAGCACGGCACGCAAGUAUGGAGGCAGUGGCCUGGGGCUCAGCAUCUGCAAGUCGCUCGUCGAGACCAUGAUGAAGGGCCGCAUCCACCUCGAGAGCCAGGAGGGCGUCGGCACCACGGCAUGGUUCACCGUCACCUUUGACAAGGCGAGGCCCGAUGUGUCUGCCGGCGAGGCCCAACAACAGCACCAUCACCACCAUCAUCAACAACAACAGCAGCAGCAGCAGCAACAGCUCAAAGGGCUCCCGGCCCAGCAGCUCGUUGACUCGUCAUCGCGCCACCAGCACUACCACACACACUACCAUCAGCACCACCGCGAGGCCGGGCUGGCGCCGUACUUGGACCUUACGCGGGUUCCCCGCGACCAGAUCCGCAUCUGCGUGGCUGAGGACAACGCCAUCAACCAAAAGAUCGCAAUCCAGUACGCACAGCGCCUUGGAUACACGCGCGUCGACGCCUAUGACAAUGGGCUCAAGGCAGUCGAAGGUUUGCGCCAGAAGGCCAAAGAGGACGAGCCCUACCACAUAAUCUUGAUGGACGUGCAGAUGCCCGUGCUCGACGGCUACGAGGCCACCAAGCUGAUCCGCCGCGACCCCAUCGAGGCCGUGAGCAAGAUCCUCGUCAUCGCCAUGACCGCCUCGGCCAUCCAGGGCGACCGCGAGAAGUGCCUGGCUGCCGGCAUGAACGACUACCUGGCCAAGCCCGUCCGCUCCGAGGUGCUCAAGAAGAAACUAGAAGCCUAUGUUGGCACCGCGCCCCCUCCCGACCGCUUCAGCUCGCCGAUGUUUCCGUCGUCACCCUCGCUCAGCCCUAGCCCGCAUUCAUCACCCGUGGUGGGUAGCCCGACGGCACCGGCAGGACCAUCGCCUCCAGUCAUGGUACCCAGAAGCAGCGGGCCAUCGCCUCCCAUAGCCAGCCCGCGACCAUCGGCCAUGAGCGGGCUAGUGUUGGCAGAGGUUCCUGUCAGAGACGGUCCGCCGUCGGUAGCGCCGGCAAACCGCAGCUCUUUCGGGAGCAUCACAUCGCCAGUCGUCCAGGGGAUGCCAACAUCGAACAGCGAUACGCGCCUGUCUGACUCGGGCUCCAUCUCGGGAUCGAUUUCCGGCUCCAUGUCUGCUACCGACAUAUCCACCUUGGCCUCAUCCUCCAAGCGCCAGCCUAGGAAGCUGACCAAAAACCGUGGAGAUGCCGCCGCCUCGGCGCCGCCAGCCACGGAGAAGAAAGCGCCGGCGGUGCUCCAGAAGAAGAAGGGGCCGCAUCGAAUGUCGACCUCGUCCGAGACGCUACUCGAAGCCGGCGGCGGCCUGAACUUUGGCAGCUCCAGGGCCAGCACGGGCGGAUUCGAGCCGGCAAGGUUUGGGGACAAUGGCAGCAUUAGGAGCCACCAGAGCGUAGCCUCCAUCAGCUCCGGGGCCAGCAAGGACAGGCUCAGCAGCAGCUACGCCGACCAGGGGCCGUUCUAGCCCUGAAGGGAGAGAGGCCUCGGGGCUUGCCCAAAAAGGAGUUCCUCUUUUCUUUUUUUUUCGUCCGGAGGGAUGGCCUCAAACCAAGAGGUCGUCAUCCCUGCAAGCCGAUCCAGGCUCGCAGUAUCUCACAUUUCCAAAGUGUGUUUGUGUGUGUGUGUCCUCUAUAUACCCCAUCCUACGUCUAGCUACAGAUGUCUCGUAUGACCUCUUUUUUCGACUUUAUUUUUUAUGUUUUACAUCAAUGGGCUUUUUUCUUUUUUUUGCUUCUUCGCAUCUCGGCAUCAGAUCACAGCAUGUUCAUGGAGGAUGGCGAACAGGGACCAACUUGGUACUUUGCUUAUCUAUCACGCUAUCUCCAUUCCCUACAUACACUUGAAAGACACUCGGUUGGGUCGUUUAUCUCUCUUUUUUGAACUUGGCGUUCUCGACUUAUCCUCCUCUUUCUAACCAUUUUCAAAAUAUUCCCCUCUAUUUGCUGGAAAUGGGGCCCCAUUUUUUUCUGGUGCACACAUCCCUUUCAUUUCACCAUCAUUUCCCCCCGCAGAGAAGCCGAUUUCCGCGGUUGUGGGAUACAGGUUCAACGGCGUUCGAAAUUGUGCUCACCAACCGUCUGGGUUGGUGACUAUCUUUAUCUCAUGAUUCAGGUGUACAUGUAGUACUCCUAGUAACUUUACGAUCCGCAAAUACUUUCAAAGAAGUAGAGACGAAGCCGAUGGCAUAAAGAAACCCAAAAUUGACCACAGAGCGAAGUUACAUGACCAAUGUGGUCAAAUCACG